AUGGCCAUGAACAAACUUGUUGUCGGGCUUGGGCUCUUCAUGAGUGCCAGCGCACUACAGAUGAUGAAGCCAAAAGACGUUGAUAGCCUUAAACCUUCCGUCAGCAAAGCCUGCAAGCAGGUAUUGACAACCGAAGUCGAUUGCGACGAAUACAUUAGGGACUUAACCGACCCGCAUUCAUUUCGAGGCGAAACAGACGAAGAUAUGGAGAUGGCCCCCACGAUCUGCAACAAACAAUGUUCCGACUCCUUCCAAUCAUGGUAUCAAGAGCUCAUCAGGGAAUGUGCCGGGGAAGAUGUCGGGUCCGAAUAUUACCCACCCAACCUUUUCAUAUACAGCGGUAAUGUCACGUCGAGUAGCUGGAAUCAGACAUGUGCAAAGGAUCCGAAAACGGGUCGAUUCUGUGGCGAAAUCUUGGACGAAUUCCCCGAACUUGAGGAUGAUGAGGAGAUGCCCCUCGAGGAGCUCUGCCAUCCCUGUUAUGUCCAGCUAAUUGACAUGAGGUCGAAUUCCUGGGCGUGGCCAUCGCCGACGAAUCCAGCAGGUGACUAUUGGAACAAGCAACUCAAGCUGGUCAAAGAGAAGUGCAACGCCUCGGGAGGGUUGAAGGAAGAUUCUUUAUCUAAGGAGGAAACGACCUCAGUUACUUCUCAAAAGACUGCCGGCGUAGGCGGAUCAGGUGUGAGUACUAUGCCGACAGCAAGUACUUCGUCCACAGCGGCUGCAAUGACUGAAAGUGCUGCUCAAGAGAGUAACGCAGGAGAGGCUAUGGCAAGCAAGCAAAUCUACAGCUAUUGGUACGCACUUCUCAUGCUGGGUAUGGUUGUGCUUCCUUUGUAA